GGAGAGCAGUCUCAGAGGGAGAGAACAACUCCACCCACCCUCCAGCCAUCAAUAAAUACAAAGAUCUGUACAAAGAUACUUCGUCCAGAUCUGUAUGGAGACCCACUCCACUCACUGCUAACAUCAUAACCCUUUUAUGACUUCAGUGAAGUUGUCCCAGACAGAACUUUGACAAAUGCAUUUCAUUAUUUAUUUUCUUCUCUCCCUUUCCCCUUCUCACUUAGCGCCCUCUCUGGUGAGUGAGUUUCGUGCGGAGAAGAUUGAGCAGCGCAGCCUCACCCUGGUGUGGAGGGAACCUAGCUACCCCAACAGCAGCCGCACCGAGUACGAGAUCAAGUACUACGAAAAGGAACAGAAGGACAAGAGCUACUCAACGGUCAAGACGGCCGCCACCCGCAUCAGCGUCAACAACCUCAAGGCCGGCACCACCUACGUCUUCCUCAUCCGCCCCUUCUCCACCCCGGCCCCCUCCUCCUCCCUCCUCUCCGCCUCUUCCUCCUCCUCUUCCUCCUCCCCCUCUCCCAUCGACUACGGAGGCUACAGCGCUCCCCUGGAGCUGCAGACGCUUGGUGAAUUGGCGCUGGCGUCCAGUGAGCAGAACCCAGUAAUCAUCAUCGUGGUGGUGUCUGUGGCCGCCCUCAUCAUGCUGCUCUCUAUGGGAGUGGGCCUGCUCCUCUGGAGAAGACAAUGUGGAUACAGCAAGGCCAGUCAAGAGGGAGACGAAGAGCUCUACUUCCAAUUUAAGAUCCCGACCCGGAGGACCUACAUAGACCCAGAGACGUGUGAGGACCUGGUGCAGGCUGUCCUCACCUUUGCCAAAGAGCUCGACAACUCCAGCAUCAAGAUAGAGAGAAUUGUCCACACAGGUGACUUUGGGGAGGUGUGUCGUGGCUGUCUCAAGCUGCCCAGUAAGCGGGAGCUUCCGGUGGCCAUCAAGACGCUGAGGGCCGGCUGCUCAGAGAAACAGAGGCGCUCCUUCCUAAGCGAGGCCGGGAUACUGGGACAGUUUGACCACUCCAACAUUGUCCGUCUGGAGGGGGUCAUCACCAGCGGUAACACCAUGAUGAUUGUGUUGGAGAGCAUGUCCAAUGGGCCCCUGGACUCCUUCCUCAGGAAGCACGAGGGCCAGCUUUCCGUGCUCCAGUUGAUGGACAUGCUGGGGGGCGUGGCCUCUGGGAUGAAGUACCUGACAGAGAUGGGCUUCGUCCACCGCCGCCUGGCCGCCCACAAGGUACUGGUCAACGCCAGCCUGGGCUGCAAGGUGUCCGGCUUCAGACCCCUCCAAGAGGACAAGAUGGAGGCCAUCUACAGCACAAUGCAUGCGGGGAAGAGUGUGGUGUUGUGGACAGCCCCAGAGGCCAUCCAGUACCACCGUUACAGCUCAGCGUCUGACGUCUGGAGCUUUGGCAUCGUCAUGUGGGAGGUCAUGUCCUACGGAGAGAGACCCUACUGGGACAUGGGCAACCAGGACGUGAUCAAAGCGAUAGAGGAUGGCUUCCGCCUGCCCGCCCCUAUGAACUGUCCACCCCACCUCCACCAGCUGAUGUUGGACUGUUGGCAGAAGGAGAGGACCGAGAGACCCACCUUCAGCCAGAUCCACUCGGCUCUCAGCAAGAGCAUCCGCAGCCCCAACGGCAUCGGCUCCUCCACACUGGCACGCAGAACCCUCCCUCAGCUAGGAACCCUCCCUCUGGGCUCCUCCAUCUCCCUGGCAGAGCGGACUCUUCCGUCGUUCCCCUCGUUUAACUCGGUAGGGGAGUGGUUGGAUGCGGUGGACAUGGGGCGCUACAAGGACAACUUCACCGCGGCAGGAUACUGCUACCUGGAGUCUGUGGCCCGUAUGACAGUCCAAGACGUGUUGAGUCUAGGCAUCACCUCUCUGGAGCACCAGAAACAGAUCCUGUCUGCCAUCCAGGCCCUUAGAGCCCAGGUCAUCCAGAUGCACGGCAGAGGGGUGCAGGUCUGACACACACAUACACACACGUGCAAAUGGACGGACGGACGGAUAGAAGGAUUUUCACAGAGGAGAGACUCGUCUCUCAUCCAGAUGGACAACAUGAAGUGGAUAGAGAGAUCGGAAGAGAUAUCGCCACACUGCACCCACUCACUCUUCCUCCUCCUCCCUCUCUCUAAGUCCUUGGGAGCGAGGCAUCUUCCAGUCAUGUGAUCAACGUACUUUGUCGAAAGUCAUAUGACUUUUGUCUGCACGCUGACCCAAAUUGACUGGAUGUCCACUCUGACAACAGGCCCUGGUUCAGUAGUUACAGAGACUUAAAACUACCCGGAUAGAGAAGUACUGUCCACCUAAAAUGUCUGGCACUGCUCUCAAAAUAUGGGGUAAUUACAUUUCCUUGAUGGAGAAGAACUGUCCCCUCAAGCAGAGUGAUACUCUACUGAACCACUUGUCUCAGAACUGAGGUUAAAACCACCCUGGUUGAGAAGUACUGUCCAUUACAGGGCUGUCCCUCUACCACUGGUCUCAGAACAGUGGGAUAAGGCACUAAUGGUGAAAGUUCUGUCUGUCGAACAGGGCUAAAAUUAUAAAACUGGUCUCAGUUCAAUGGUUAAAACAUUACUGUUCCGGCCGCUGAAGUGCGAUCGAGUGACUGGUUCCCACAGUGUGGGCGGAGCCCAGGCCGUGUUAAGUCGUACGUAGCCCGACCAAUCACGAGGCUGGAAAAAGACUUACCUUCAGAAGGAAACUACUGAUUAAAAAACUAAAACUAGAAAACUGUAAAUCGAAACAAAGGAUUUCCGUGUGUUUGAUUGUUAAUUUCUAUUUAGUCUGUUACACAAUUAGUCUUUUUGAAAGUUUUUCCGUUAACCGUCUCUGCUCUCCCGGUGUUUUCUCAGUGUGUGGAAUGGCUAAUGUCCCUUAGCCGGGAUGUCAGUGGUAUCAUGUAGCGUCUCGCUAAUAUAUUUCUCCUGUCUAAAAAGCAUUUUCACUACAUGGGUAUAUUGCAGUGUUGAGAAUAAAGGUCAAGUCUCAAGCUGACGUAUCUGAAAUGUAUUCAUAUUUAUAUGCGUUUCCAGUUUACAGACUCUCACACAACCUGACGGGAAGAGGUUACGAGGGUCAUACUUGAUUUUUUAAUUUUUUUAAAUGACUAAAUCAUUUGUGUCAUUUUGUGUUUAAGGAUGCUGCAAAGCACAUGUCCUUUGGUGUCAAGCAUAUCCCUUCCUAGCCGUUUGGUUUCUUUUGAUUACAGUGUGUAUCAUAACGUUUUCUUUAUUUUUUCUAGUUAGAGGGAUUCUGUUACUGAAUAAGGGUGUUCUGAACCAGAAGAAGAUAUUAUGAAGAGGACUUACACUAUAGUAUGUUGACUUUUUUCUUCUCCUAGACAGGGGUGUAGAAUCAUUUUGAUACAGUCAACAAAUCUACAGUAGUUGAUAUAGGACUUAUACAUUUUGAGUCCAGUGUCGCUGGAUGUAUGGUAUCGAUGUGUUGCAUUAUAUAUGCAGUAUUGCAGUAUUUCAGAAUGUCGUAGAGUGAUCAUGUAUGUUUUUUUCCGGGCCAGCAAUUCAAGCCGUCAUGCAUAGGGCCCUGUGUUUUGGUUAAUCAUGUCACAUGACCUGGAUUUGAACCUUUUUGUUUAAAGCUUUUUCAUCAAACUGUUCCCCCUUUCUUUUUAUGUCAGUUGGUCCAAGCGCCAUCCGAGGACAAUUGCUUACAUUUUUGGUCUAAUUCUCAUUUCUGGAAAAUGCUUAAAAUCAAGGUUAAGUGGUUAACCAAAACACAGGGCCUUAGCUAUACAUCAUGGUUGUACACUUAACAUGUUCUAAAUGUUCCUACAAAUCCCACAGCCCCCCACUGUGCAGUCACAAGCCACUCCCAUUUGUCAGUAUUAUGUAUUUUUCAAAACAGGUAACAUUUAAUCGUAGGUAACAUGUUAUGAGGCAUUAUUUUAUUUAUAUUUAUUUUUUAUUUAUAUCAUAAUCUUGUAGCUCGCUGCAGUGCAUUCGGAAAGUAUUCAGACCCCUUCACUUCUUCCAAACUUUGUUACGUUACAGCCUUAUUUGAAAAUACUUUCCCCCCCUCAUCAAUCUACACACAAUACCGCAAAAUAACAAAGCGAAAGCAGUUUUUUUGUGUGCAAAUUUAUAAAAAAUGAAAAAGAUACCAUAUUUACGUAAGUAUACAGAUCCAUUGCUAUCAGACUUGAAAUUGAACUCAGGUACACCCUGUUUCCACUGAUCAUUAUUGAUGGUCCUACAACUUGAUUGGAGUCCACCUGUGGUAAAUUCAAUUGAUUGGACAUGAUUUGGAAAGGCGCACACACCUGCCUAUAUAAGGUCCCACAGUUGACGGUGCAUGUCAGCAAAAACCGAGCCAUGAGGUCGAAAGAAUUGUCCGUAGUGCUCCGAGAGAGGAUUGUGUUGAGGCACAGAUCUGGGGAAGGAUACCAAAACAUUUCUGCAGGAUUGAAGGUCCCCAAGAACACAGUGGCCUCCAUCAUUCUUAAAUGGAAGAAGUUUUGAACCACCAAGACUCUUCCUAGAGCUGGCUGCCUGGCCAAACUGAGCAAUCGGGGGAGAAGGGCCUUGGUCAGGGAGAUGACCAAGAACCCGAUGGUCACUGACAGAGCUCUGGAGUUCCUCUGUGGAGAUGGGAGAAACUUCCAGAAGGACAACCAUCUCUGCAGCACCACCAAUCAGUGUCCAGACGGAAGCCACUCCUCAGUAAAAGGCACAUGACAGCCCGCUUGGAGUUUGCCAAAAGGCACCUAAAGGACUCUGACCAUGAGAAACAAGAUUUUGUGGUCUGAUGAAACCAAGAUUGAUCUCUUUGGCCUGAAUACCAAGGGUCAUGUCUGGAGGAAACCAGGCACCGCUCAUCACCUGGCCAAUACCAUCCCUACGGUGAAGGAUGGUGGGGGCAGUAUCAUGCUGUGGGGAUGUUUUUCAGCGGCAGGGACUGGAAGACUAGUUAGGAUCGAGGGAAAGAUUGUGAUGGAAAAUGUUAUGUUUGUGCUUUUGUAGUAACAAAUUUCUGUGUUCAUGCAAGUGACUGACUGAUUGAAUGUGCCUGGGAGUAAUCCUCACCAUCAAUAUCUGCAAUUUGCUAGUACUUCCAGAACCUUGUUUUGAGAAUGAAAGGGAUAUCUCAGUUUCAAGGUCUCAGCUUGGAGAGAAGAGGCCUUGUGAGGUAUUGGUUUGUCACAUGCAUGAACCAGUAUUGGUCGGUCACAUGCGCGAACCAAACGUUAAUGAUAAAUUAAUUAUGAAUGAUGAAUAGGCUAAAUCAUGCAAAUGUAACUUGUCUGCGUAAGCAGUAUGAGAUCUAACGGGACUGCCCCGACGGAGCUCACUUCAGACCGGUACUUUAUGCAUCUAGGUUUGACUGUGACCUCUCCAGCUUGCUGUUAAUAGAACAAUGAUUAAUUUAAUAUUGGCGUUCAGUGUCCCUGUGUAGAAUUUCCACGACAAGAUGAAUGGAACAAAGUCUAGAGAGAUCCUUGAUGAAAACCUGCUUCAGAGCGCUCAGAAAAUCAGACUGGGGUGAAAGUUCACCUUUCAACAGGACAAUGACCCUAAGCACAUGCAGGAGUGGCUUCAGGACAAGUCUCUGAAUGCCCUUGAGUGUCCCAGCCAGAGCUCCGGGCUUGAGCCCGAUCGAACAUCUCUGGAGAGUCCUGAAAAUAGCUGUGCAGCAACACUCCCCAUCCAACCUGACAGAGCUUGAGAGGAUCUGCAGAGAAGAAUGGGAGAAACUCCCCAAAUACAGGUGUGCCAAGCUUGUAGCGUCAUAGCCAAGAAGACUUGAGGUUGUAAUCGCUGCCAAAGGUGCUUCAACAAAGUACUGAGUAAAGGGUCUGAAUACUUAUAUAAAUGUGAUAUUUCAGUUUUUUUUUUUUUUACAUUUGCAAAAAAAUCAAAACCUGUUUUUCCUUUGUCAUUAUGGGGUAUUGUGUGUAGAUUA